AUGGAAGGCACCCUUACUGCUCCACCUGUGGGCGGCGCUGAAGCUGAAGACGCUGCUGAGAGAAGCGUAAGCGGCACGGACCCCAACGGGAGCGGCGUCGAGAGAGCACCCCCGCAUGGUGGAGGCCGUGGUGGUCGCGGGGCAGGUCGCGGUGGUCGUGGAGGACGAGGAGCUUCGAUCAGGCCAGCUGCAUCAUGGAGCGAUGAUGAUGUGAGCGAGUUCUUUCGCCUCCGUUACGCAGAGUUAGCUGACAACUUCAAGAACACGAAGGACACCAAGCGCAUCAAAUAUGCGUGGGCCGUCUUAGCAUCAACACUCUCUGUUAACCAGAGCAACGUGUUCACUGACCAGCAGUGUCAAUCUAAGGCGUCUGCGCGGGAAGCAGAAGGUCGAACUGGCAACGACGGACCCGUGCGGCGCCCAAAUCACUACUCCAUCAUGAAAGACUACUGGGGUGAUGCGACGGGGAUGAACAACCGACCGCAUCUUAGCACGGAGGACCCGGAUACAAUUGCUGCUGCUGGUGAUGCUGCGAGCGCCGACGUCGCUGCCUUCGCCACGCCUGCCUCAUCUCCCCCUCCUCAGUCUCCAACGCCCCGCACCAUGUCUGGCUCCACUUGGUCGUCUAAUAAGCGACAGAAGCGCACCCAGGGGGAGUGUGUGGAGGCGGGUUUGAGUGCGGUUGCUAAAGGGUUUAGCGAAGGGCUAGAAGCUUAG